AUGACAUUAGCCCAAGAGGAGGAGGGAGAGACGGAGAGGAAGACAUUAGCCCAAGAGGAGGAGGGAGAGACGGAGAGGAAGACAUUAGCCCAAGAGGAGGAGGUAGAGGUGGAGAGGAAGACAUUAGCUCAAGAGGGAGAGGUGGAGAGGAAGACAUUAGCACAAGAGGGAGAGGUGGAGAGGAAGACAUUAGCCCAAGAGGGAGAGGUGGAGAGGAAGACAUUAGCACAAGAGGGAGAGGUGGAGAGGAAGACAUUAGCCCAAGAGGGAGAGACGGAGAGGAAGACAUUAGCACAAGAGGGAGAGACGGAGAGGAAGACAUUAGCACAAGAGGGAGAGACGGAGAGGAAGACAUUAGCACAAGAGGGAGAGGUGGAGAGGAAGACAUUAGCCCAAGAGGGAGAGGUGGAGAGGAAGACAUUAGCACAAGAGGGAGAUACGGAGAGGAAGACAUUAGCCCAAGAGGGAGAGACGGAGAGGAAGACAUUAGCACAAGAGGGAGAGGUGGAGAGGAAGACAUUAGCCCAAGAGGGAGAGGUGGAGAGGAAGACAUUAGCACAAGAGGGAGAGGUGGAGAGGAAGACAUUAGCCCAAGAGGGAGAGGUGGAGAGGAAGACAUUAGCACAAGAGGGAGAUACGGAGAGGAAGACAUUAGCCCAAGAGGGAGAGACGGAGAGGAAGACAUUAGCACAAGAGGGAGAGGUGGAGAGGAAGACAUUAGCCCAAGAGGGAGAGGUGGAGAGGAAGACAUUAGCACAAGAGGGAGAGGUGGAGAGGAAGACAUUAGCCCAAGAGGAGGAGGGAGAGACGGAGAGGAAGACAUUAGCACAAGAGGGAGAGGUGGAGAGGAAGACAUUAGCUCAAGAGGGAGAGGUGGAGAGGAAGACAUUAGCACAAGAGGGAGAGGUGGAGAGGAAGACAUUAGCCCAAGAGGAGGAGGGAGAGACGGAGAGGAAGACAUUAGCCCAAGAGGAGGAGGGAGAGACGGAGAGGAAGACAUUAGCCCAAGAGGAGGAGGUAGAGGUGGAGAGGAAGACAUUAGCACAAGAGGGAGAGGUGGAGAGGAAGACAUUAGCCCAAGAGGAGGAGGUAGAGGUGGAGAGGAAGACAUUAGCCCAAGAGGAGGAGGUAGAGGUGGAGAGGAAGACAUUAGCCCAAGAGGAGGAGGUAGAGGUGGAGAGGAAGACAUUAGCUCAAGAGGGAGAUGUGGAGAGGAAGACAUUAGCCCAAGAGGAGGAGGUAGAGGUGGAGAGGAAGACAUUAGCUCAAGAGGGAGAGGUGGAGAGGAAGACAUUAGCCCAAGAGGAGGAGGGAGAGACGGAGAGGAAGACAUUAGCCCAAGAGAAGGAGGGAGAGACGGAGAGGAAGACAUUAGCUCAAGAGGGAGAGGUGGAGAGGAAGACAUUAGCUCAAGAGGAGGAGAUAAGGAAAACAUUAGCACAAGAGGAGGCGAUAAGGAAGACAUUAGCCCAUUAG